AUGGAGUCAACUGCAUACGAAUACUUCGAAGCUCUACGCAAGUAUCAUAAAAUUGUUAAUGAUUUUAUCUCAGAAACCAUUAAUCAAGAAAGCGAAAAAGAUAACAACUAUUUCAAUUUCUCUCAAGAUAUCGAAAGGCUGAGAAAAGAAUGUUCUAAUCUUUUAGAAAUGGAUCAAUCAGAAAUUUUGCAAGAUGAUAUCUUAUCUUGUAGAAACCCUUUUCAGCUACUCUUAUACUUAGCUUUGAACUCUCAAUGAAAUUUACUUGAGAACGUCGGUUUAGAUAUCCUUACUAAUGAAGCAUGCUAUCCAACUUUUCAAAUAAAUCUCAAGUUAUUCUCCAGCCAAGAGUUCUAUGAGACAAUGACCGAUUUAGAAUUAAACGAAAUAACUAGAUCGUUAAAAAGAACAUUGGCAAUAUAUUUCUAUAUCCACGUUUCUGGCUCAUGCAUUUUACAUAUGGAUAAAAUUUAUCGAGAUAAAAACUACCCAGCAAGAAUCACAGAAUCGGAGAACCAGCAAUGCUUGAACUUUUAUAGAAGUCUUACAUCAAAUAGCAUAGUUUCAGAUGCAUUCAGCAUGAUAGAUUCAAACGUUUCUCUUGAUGAUCUCUUUAUUAGAGUCUGCGAUUGUUCUUAUUAUGCUGUCUUCCCUCCUGAACUUUAUGGGCUUACUACGAUAGGAGAUAUAGUAUUUGUUAAUGAUUCCUUUAGUAAUUGCAAUUCUCUUGGUAAGGCAGCAACCUUAAUAAUCCUUUUGCAUGAAUCAGCUCACUUAAUAUACAGAUAUCGUAGAAAUCAAAGUAGCUAUUUAGAAAUCACUCCUAAAAGUUGCAACCAAGCAGGGACCAAAAACAAAUCAGAAAUGGGUGAUUUUGCUGAAAAAUUGAUUUUUGGCAAGAGAUUGGUAAAAAUAAAUAGAUUUUCAGCAAGCUUUUUAUUAAAUCGAGAUAAUUGGAAUUUAAGCAAAGAAUGCUUCCAAGAGGGAUUUAAAAUGCGCUAUAAAGAAGGAAAACGUCAAGGCCAGACAGAUAUAAAGGUUGGUAAAGGCAAUUCAAGCUUAUCUAUUCAUAUUGGACGAUGUGGAAUGGCAUUAAAUGUCUGUAAUUAA